AUGGGCUGUUGCGAGGGGAAGCUCCCAAACCCUGAUGAGUUCCUGAAGGUGCACGCGCCCCGGCCAGGGGGGCCCUUCCUUCCAUGCAUGCCACCUUGCCUCAGCAAGUCUUCGUCGAAGUAUUGGGUAACUCCCUGGAGCUGUUGCUUGAGCCAGAUCAACCGUGAUGAGGGUGUGGGCGCGCCGGAAACGAUUGCUGUGCGCGACGGGCCUGGGGGGGCCCUACUCAUGAAGCUGGAGCUCUGCCCGCACCGCUCGUUCGGGAAGUUGAGCUUCAUCCGUGAUUGCAACGGUGAGCUUUUGGGAGCUAUGCAGACCUUAGAGAAGCACCGGCCCAUGGAAAGCCAGCGCAGCAGCUAUGCCAUCUACGGCAAGCAGCCGCUCUCCGGCUGUCAAGCCAUUAGCGUGGAAGGCGAUAUGCUCUAUCAGUGGGCCACCGUGUCCCGGUCCCCAUUCACGUUCAAUGCGAAGAUGCGCUUGGAGGGCCACAGCAAGAGUGAUCACGCCUGGACGCUAUCCAUGCGGAAUGGACUGCCGCCUCCCAGAUGGGUAGUGAGCAACAAGAAGCGUGGCGCCGCGGUGGUUCCGAGAAGUGUAGACAAGAAGCUACACGAGUACUUGAUCGCACCUGGCGUCGAUCCUGGCCUGGUCGUGUGUGGCACCUUUGCCCAGCUCCUGGCACAGGACGAGCUUCUGUUGGACUGA